UCAAGCCAUUUUGACCUAUCACUGAGAUCCGACGACGUCCAAGGUGCAGACCUUGGGGCUUUAUCUCUGGAGAGCUAUCCUUCCAACCACUCUCCUGUUACGCACGCGCUGAUGAGAUCUUGGCUCAGGAAGUGCAAGACCAACGCCGAUGGCAAGCACGAUCAAUGUAACAAGCAAAAUGGAAACUACUUACCCACACGGCUACUUGAUGUACGGACGGCUCUGACCUCAGAUCGAGUUUUGCUAGUUUGCUCAGCCACAGACCCUACCCGGUUUGAAAAGGAUCGAUUAUAUGCGUCCUUGAGCCAUUGUUGGGGGACAUGGGGUGCGACAGACAACCCGGUACUGCUCAAUGAGAACUUAGAAGCACGUCAGCAGAAAGGUCUCCACCUGAAAGGUAUCCCUAAGACCUUUCGUGAUGCAAUCCACAUUGCUGGGUCACUCGGUAUCAAGUGGAUUUGGAUUGAUUGUCUUUGCAUCAUUCAGAAUUCGACGGCUGAUUGGCUCCACGAAGCGUCAAUUAUGGAUAAAAUCUACCAAAAUGCCGUGGUGAAUAUAUCUGCAGACCAUAGGGAAGACAGCCGGGCUGGAUGUUUUGUUGAACGGCAUCCACUCGACAUUCGCCCAAUACAAUUCGAGUCCUUGAAGAGCAAGGUAUCAUGGCAAGUUACGUUUGACGACACGUUCAGGUGGAUCCAUACGUCGCCUUCUUUCGGUCGAGCAUGGAUAAUGCGAGAACGUCAGCUGUCCCGUCGUAUACUCCACUUCAUCGACAAGGAAGUUGUAUGGGAAUGCUGCGGCGUCGAGAACAGCUCAUUUGCAAGUGAGUCUUUGCCCGGUGGGGCGCCGUUCAAGAAAGUAUUCGAGGAUCAACACAAGUUCCAAACCGGAAGGCUGCAACAGACGCUAGGCGAUGAUCUGGAGGAAACCUAUGCGCUGUGGAACGAUGUGUGCGAAGAUAUUUCAAAAAGAUCUGUCACAAAGGCGCCUGAUAUGCCUAUCAUUCUCUCCAGUCUGGCAAGAGAAUUUCACCGAGUUCUUCCAGAGGACGAUUACUGUUCGGGUCUAUGGAGGUCCACACUACCCAAAAGUCUGGCUUGGUCAUCUAUUUCUUGGGCGCCUCGUAAUCGAGCCUAUAUUGCGCCAUCGUGGUCCUGGAUGUCGGUAGCGACAACUGUGAAGCUUGCUCUGCAACCUUCACAUCGCAGCGUGCUACCUCUCGCUGAGGUGGCCUCCAUCGAAAAUGAAAUCAGACACGGCGAUCCCUACGGCGCUGUGAAAAGUGGUGUCAUCCACAUGGAUGGCUUCUUGCGGCAAGUGCGUCUGGACUUCGAGCCUGAUGCCCGAUUGAACUUGAGCGUGUUCGAUACAUACUCUGAUAAUGAUGAUGAUACCAUUUCCCAAAAGAUCCGACUGAUCGGGCCUAGCUGGGAGGACUACGAUGGUGAUAUGUGCACAGCCGAGCUUGAUACACCAACGGACAAUAAUUCAAUCGUCUGUUUCGCGUUUUUGGUGGGGAUAGACGAAUGGAUGCAAGACAUGGACUCGAACGACCGAACAAUCAAGGCAAUCUUACUCGAACCCGUCGACGGGAGCGAUGGAGCAUUCCGCAGAAUUGGAGUGCUUGCACUGCAAGACUUGUACAGCCUGAAGAUGAGGUAUCGGGUUGUGUCAACACACGAUCCUGGCGAGCAAGGUCGGGAUUCAACCGCAGAUGAGACAUGGGCCGCGAUGGCUGAGUUCAUCAAGAUCAAGAGAUGGUCUGUCAGCGAGACGUCACGAUUGGACGAAGAUCGUGGCGCUUCUGGAGAUUCAAGGAGUGAGUCCAAUGAACCUAAAGAGGCUUCUCAGGAGAGUGAUGAUUCAACCGGUGAUCUCGACCAAGAGCUAGAUAGCGCCAGCGAAGAGGAUGGUGCCGACAGAGAGGAUGGUGCUAGCGAAGAGGAUAGUGCGGGGGACAAGAUAAGAGAAAGGCUCAGGGCCCUGUUGCCGGUCCUCCAACCCCAUGCCAAUGUCUCCGAAGAUGCUGGAAUCGAAGAGGCCUUCACCAUUGCUUCAAUGACCGAAAGAGGUGGGAUGAGACUGCCUCCGCAUGAGGCUUUGUACCAGUUCGACGAUGCUCUCCACAAGCUGCGUGAGCAGCAAAAGCUGGUUCCGUGGUUGCAGAGAUUGCGACCGACGAGAGUGACAGUCAUCUAGAUCCUUGUGUGGUUUCAACGCUUGAGGAGUAUCAGUCCUGCGAGCCUGUUCUUAGAAAGUGGCACACCCUGACCGCUGUAGCUGGUCAGGGUCAAGUAGGUACCAUUCUUGAUGGAGUUCCGGAGUCCUUGACACACAACGAUAUAGGGUUGGCCCUUAGCAGGGGAAAGGUUAUCACCCCUACCGUACAUGCCUACUAGGUUGGAGUCAACGCACCCACUGUCACGAACUCGCUGGACGCAGUGCUCAUAUUGUAGAGGUACUCCAUGUCAGACGGUGCCCCUUUUCU